CUCAUCGGUGCGACGCGGCCAGACCCUAGCGUGGAAGGGGAGGGGCCGAGAGGGUUAGGGAGGAGAGAUGGUGGUCUUAUCUCUUCGGAUCGGCCGCUCUUUUACGAGCUCCUUCUUCUCAUCCGCCGUGAAAUCAAGCCUCCUACGCCAGUUCCAGCUGAAAUGGGUCUAUAAUGCACAGCCGUCACGUCCACGUUCUGUCAGGGCUUUUGUGACUGCAAGAGCCGAAAGGUUUCCGCUGCGGAAGAAAAAGAAGCGAUUGGAUGAAGCAUGUCUUGAAAGAUUUCAGGAAUAUAGCCGAACCUUGAUACAGUCAUGGAUCUUACAAGGUAAAGUUAUUGUGGAUGGAAGGGUAGUUAGCAAAGCUGGAACCCCUGUAUCGAAUAGUUCUGUUGUGGAGAUAAAGGCUGAAGUUCCAAAAUAUGUAUGUAGAGCAGGAUACAAGUUAGAGGCUGCUAUUGAAAAACUCAAUGUUGAUGUUGUUGGGAAAGUAGCACUUGAUUCAGGGUUGUCCACUGGGGGUUUUACUGAUUGCCUGCUUCAACAUGGUGCAUCACAUGUUUAUGGUGUCGAUGUAGGCUAUGGACAGGUUGCUGAUAAAAUUCGUAGAGAUAAACGUGUUUCUGUAAUUGAAAGGACAAAUCUGAGAUAUCUUCCUGGACUACCACAAGAAGUUGACAUUGUGACUCUAGACUUAUCCUUUAUCUCUGUACUUUUGGUCAUGCCAGCUGUCAUCAAUGUUAUGAAGGCAGAGUCUACGUUGGUGACAUUAGUGAAGCCUCAGUUUGAGGCCCGUAGGUCUCAGGUUGGAGGAGGUGGAAUUGUUAGAGAUCCUCAGGUGCAUCAGGAAGUUCUUGAAAAAAUAAUCAAAGGUGUUGAAGGUUAUGGAUUCUGUAGCAAAGGGUGGAUAGAGUCACCAAUAAAGGGUGCUGAGGGCAACACAGAGUUCCUAGUUCACUUUCAGCGAAUUCCAGCAGACUCCAUGUGAUAUUCUUUGUUGUUAAGUUCAUUUUUUUCUUCUCUUGAGCUCUUUGAAUUAUGUUGUAGAACACUACUAGGAGGGAGGGAACAAGAACAGCGCUAAUGAGGGGGAUUCUUACUGUUGUAUAACUUUGCAAGUAAAUGAUUGCAGACUUGAUCUA